CGCAGCCCAUAGCGAGAGGGGGCUAAACGCUGGAGCCCAACUUGGACUGCGGCAUGGGCUGGUGGACUACGGCUGCUCUCCGGUUCUCGCUGUUGCUGCUGCUGCUCACCAUGAAGCCCACAGGAAGAGCUAAAGCUCAUCCCAUGUACAGCUCGGCCUCUUCCGCUGAACUUGCCGACUUCAAGACCCUGCUGGAUCUCCUGCAGAGCAAGGGCCCCUCCGAAGAAGCAGACACAGGCCUGUCCCACGACAUGAAUGAGCACAACGAGGAAGCCGCAAACGAUGCUCUGCGGAACAAUGAAUACGCUAGACCCCAGAGAGAAGGCCUUGCCUACGGGCACAACAGCUGGGAGCUGCCAGAGAAACCUCUUUCCGCCCCGAGGAGCUCGCCCCGCAGCAUGAGAAGGUUCUCGGAUUGCUUCGGCCAACGGAUAGACAGAAUAGGAGCCCAGAGUGGCCUUGGAUGCAACGGCUACAGGUUUUGAAGCUGUAUCUGGAGACGGGGGCAAUCCUCAACAUCUUCCUCAGAGCCCCGAAGAUCAAAGUGCUGUCAAAAUCAGCUGCAUCUUCUUAGCACCGCAUUGGUGACUUGCAUUGCAGCAGGUACAGUAGAUGAAGUGAAGCUGCCAUCUGUCUUCACCUGUUUGCAAACAAUUUACCCUCCCAACCUUAGCACAGGAUGGUGGCUUUCUCCCUGAAUCGUAAGCGUUAAAGGAUAUCAUCAGUCCCUUGGCACUGGAAAGAAUUCCAGCCUAGAGUUCAGCACCUUGGACAGAAAGUGCAGAGCUGUGUUUUUUUUGCUUGCCCCAUCAAAUAAAUGAGUACAAUAAAAA